GGAGCCGGAGUGCAGGUGCGGAGCCGGCGAGCCGGGAGCGCGAGGCGGCAGAAGGGAGCGCGGCAGGAUGCGGUCGGCGCGGAGCUGCAGGCACUCGCCUUGGGCGGCCGCGGCGGGGAUUUUGCUGCUGUGCCUGGCGGGCCGAGCUAGAACUCAGGAAGUCCAAGCCGAGAAUGUGACAGUAGCAGAAGGCGGACAGGCUGAGAUCAAUUGCAAGCUACACCAAUAUGAUGGCUCCAUCGUGGUGAUCCAGAAUCCAUCUCGGCAGACGCUCUUCUUCAACGGCACACGAGCCUUAAAGGAUGAGCGUUUCCAGUUGGUGGAGUUCACCCAAAAACAGGUCCGCAUUGUGCUCUCCAAUGCCCGUCUGGAAGAUGAAGGUGGAUACUAUUGCCAGCUGUACACAGAAGACACCCACCAUCAGAUUGCCAUCCUCACAGUGCUGGUUCCUCCAGACAGUCCUUUAGUGGAGGUGAAGGAACAGGCAGUAGAAGGAGGAGAAGUUGAACUCACCUGCAGCAUUCCCAGGUCACGCCCUGCGGCUACCCUGCGCUGGUACCGGGACAGGAAAGAGAUAAAAGGAACAAGCAGCAAGCAAGAAAAUGGGAAAGUAUUCAGCAUCACCAGCAUGGUGCGUUUUUGGGUGGAUCGCAAGGACCACAGCAGCAUUGUGACAUGCGAAGCCAUCCACCCAGCACUGCGUGGUCAGCGGAAGCAGACGCAGUACGUGCUAGAUGUGCAGUAUUCACCCACAGCAAGAAUCCAUCCCCCUCAAGGAGUCAUGAGGGAAGGAGACACCUUAGUUUUGACUUGCGCUGUUAACGGCAACCCACUGCCCAGAGACAUUAAAUGGAGCCGAGCGAACGACACGUUGCCGGAGCGAGCCCUGAUAGAGGGUGAAGUGCUGACCAUCCCUAACCUCAGCAUGCUGGAUAAUGGCACCUACUCGUGCCACGUGGCCAAUAAACAUGGACGGUCCUCAGAUCAGUACGUGCUGGUGGUUUAUGACCCUGGAGCUAUUGUCGAGGCCCAGACUUCAGUGCCCUAUGCCAUUGUGGGGGGCAUCCUGGCUCUCCUCGUCUUUCUCGUCAUCUGCAUACUCAUCGUCAUGGUCUGGUGCUCCAUCCGGCAGAAAGGUUCCUACCUGACGCACGAGGCCAGCGGGCUGGAUGAGCAUGGAGAGGCCCGUGAGGCUUUUCUGAACGGUGGAGAUGGCCAUAAACGCAAGGAGGAGUUUUUCAUCUAAGCCGGGGGAAGGAAGAGGAGAAGGAGGAGGAAGAGGAGGAGGAAGAGGGGGGAAAGGGGUGUUAGGAGAAGCAGCUAAGGAAGGAGUGCGCUGGAAAGGGGAGAGAGUUCGCGAAGAGCUGGGGGUGGGGAGGGCUGGAUUCAAAAAAAAAAAGGAAAAACACACAAAAAGAUGCUUUAAUGAAACAAAACCCAUCGUGUACAAAACCAACCACUGGCGGCUGCCGCUGUUCCCGGUUUUAUUUUGGAAACCGAGGAUUUUUUUAACCCCUCCCCUUAUCCAGGAGCUCCACCCCUCUGCCUUCAAGAGGCCUCUUUCCACCACCACCACCCCUUCAUCCUCGCCAGAGUUAUGCCCUGUGGAUUUGGUGGGGCUGGGUACGCAUACCUAACUCUGUUCCCCCCCCCCCAAAAAAAGUGGGAGGGGGCAGAGCUGCUGCACUUCUUUUCUCUUUGGGGUGGAAGCAGUACUUUUGAGGGAGGGGGAGGGCUGCGGCUGUUUGUAAAUAAAAUCCAAGUGGGGAGGUGGAAGACCUAUGGUACAUUGAAGGGGGGGUGAGGGACAUCCCAGUGGCCCCCAUAGCUUGUUAGGUCUGACCUUCCCAGAUAUUAGCACUGAGAUUCACAGUAUCUGGGGAGGGAGGCAGAGCUAAUGGAC